UCUCUUUGUUCUGAAGUGGCUGGGGCUUUUGAGCAUCCCUGAUUGCUCAUUCGCUCCCGGUGAAUGAUUGGCAGCUCCAUAGGGGGCUUGUUUACCACAAAGAGCAGCUUCUCCCAGUGAGGCUGUACAGUUCAAGCAGUGAACAGAAGCCGGAGAUCAGCAGAAUCAGCAGGAAUCUUCAGUCAUGCUGGGCAAUCAGAAGCUCCUGAUCAUAUGGGUGUGGAUGUUGCUGUUGGCGUCACUGUGCCCUUGUUUCCACUGUAAACGGGGUAUUGGUGGCAGGGGCAUGAGCAAAGGAGCGGCACCGGCCAAAGCGCCUCCUUCCCAGAGCAAAGGCUCAUCAUCCAGACAGGGGCUGAAGCUGGCAGGCGCAGCGGCUGCGGGAGCUAUUGGAGGAGCGGCCAUCGGCUACGGGCUGGGCUCUCUGGGGAGACCGAGGUACGGCCACAACGGCUACUCCGGCGGGUAUUACCAGCCCGACAGAUACAACCAAUCCGACUGGAGGUAUUACGGGAACAUGGCCAGCUCAGAGCAUGUGGGCAGCCUUCUCCUCACACUGGGCUCGGUCGCUCACGUUAUUAUUAUGUGGGCAUGAAUUAGGCUUAAGGUAUUUCUUCUGAUAGAAAAUGUAUUAUUUUAAACAAUAAGAAAGGUUUUAAAAAGGAAGAUGCAAUCAUUUAUCGGGUAUGCUGUUCGAUGAAAUGUAGGCUAAAGACUUUUUUGUUGUGAUUUUGAGUUGUUGCUAUAAUACAGCUCUGGCCGGAAGUUGACGAGAAUUGUUUAUUAUAACUCAUUACAUUGUGUUUUAUUACCACCAACUCCCACACUACACACAGUAACGUAAAAAUAGCAAUUGUUGUUGUACAGUGUCACUAAAAUGAUGCUAAAUUAAUGUGUGGUAAAGGUGUAAAAAAAGUGUAACCUAAGCCACAAAAAUUAGAGGGUCCGUUAAAUGGUAUAACAUAUUUCAGCCGAAAAUUUGGUGCAUCUCUAAUAUCAACACACUUUUAGAUUUCCAUUGUUGCAUAUUUCUGCUGUGUGAUUGGGUUCAUGUAGAAUAAAAAAGUCCAGAACUUAUCAUUGUCAUUGACAUAAAUUUUUUCACAAUUGAUAUAAUAUUACUUAUCAGCCCAGCCCUAUGGACAGUCAUCUAAAAGCAAGUUUUCUCUUUAUAAAUAUAAUAUUAGCAAAUAUAGUUGGCAGAACAUUUAUGUAGGCCUAUUGUUCUCUUUUAAGUUGUUUAAACAAACAAAAAACUACAACAACAUAGAGUGAAUGAUCCUAGAACCUUUAUAUCUGGUUUACAAAAUAAUAACUAAUCUGGAACUAUACAGGAAUGUUAGUGGAGUGUCAUGUUUGCUGGGUGGUGCUAAAACUUUGAUUGCAAAAAAUACAAAAAAAAUCUGAUUAAGCACCUUAUAUGCAGAUAUUCUAAUUAUAAACAGUUCAUCAAGGUUAAAGUUUAGUCAAUGUUAUGACUAGUGGAUUAGUACCUGUGCAUUUGUAGUAGGGCUGCACAGUAUAUCAUCUCAGCAUCGAUAUCGCAAUGUGUGCAUCUGCAAUAGUCGCAUCGCCAAGAUAUGCAAUGUCCAGUCUGAAUUAUAGUUGAACUGGUGCUACAGAGUUGUAUUUAAUCAUUGUGUUUAAAUGG